CCACCUCCCUCCCUCAAAAAAAAUCUCCACUAUUCCCUCUCUCUCCCUCUCUCCUCUCUCUCCAAAUGGCCCUUCACUCUCCACACUUCCAAUGUCCACCACCCCCAUCACUCCCUCUUCCUACGCCUCCACCGCCGCCACAGCCGCAGCCGCCGCCGCCGCCGCCGCAGCUCCUCCUCCUCCCACCUACCUCUCCAACCUCGGCCUCGGCUACGCCAUCGCCAUCGCCUUUGCCUUCCUCGUCCUCCUCUCCACCAUCCUUCUUGCCUCCUAUCUCUGCUGCCGCCGCCGCCCCCUUUCUCCACACCACUCCCGAAACCCCGCUUCCGCUGCCAACUCCUCCGACGGCAUCGUCCUACCCCGCAUCAUAUUCGUAGCCGAAGACGAAGACGAGGACCAGAACGUUGUCGUUGGACUCGACCAAGCUGUGAUCGACUCCUACCCGAAGUUCCCUUUCUCUAAAUCCAACACCCACCUGGAUUCAGUCUGCUCAAUCUGUCUCUGCGAGUACAAGGACUCGGAGAUGCUGAGAAUGCUGCCGGACUGCCGCCACUGCUUCCAUCUCUACUGCGUCGACGCGUGGUUGAAGCUCAACGCGUCGUGCCCUGUUUGCCGGAACUCGCCGCUGCCCACUCCUCUUUCGACGCCGCUGUCGGAGCUGGUUCCGCUGUCGCAGUACCCGGCUGAUCGAAGGAGGAGGUGACUGAAUACGAUUUGACUUCUUCUGAUUUGGGGUUUGGGCCGUUUUGAAAUGUAAAGGUUUUGGUUGUGGUGAUAUUGGAAGGUUUAUAGGGCUUGGAUUACGGUUCUAGUUGUUUAGAGUGAAAAAAAAAAAAAAAAAAACCAAGGAUGUCGAUCUGUUCUGUGUCAUGUUGGAAUUGGUUUUGUUUCUCUGUUCCCAUUGAUUUAACUCCAAUGAAGUUGCUGAAUUAUUUGUGAAGAA